CUCUGGGUCCCACGUGCGAGCUGCCCAUAAACCCUAAUCCCUGAAUCGCUCCCCACCCGCUCCAUCUCGCGCUCGAUUCGAAUCGAAGCCCCCUCGCUUGCUGGUUGCUGCUGCUGCUGCAAUGGAGGACACAGCGGUGGAGGAGGCGGAGGUGAGCGGCGCGGCGGAGUUCGCGCCGGCGCUCGUCGCCGCCCACCCGCAAGGCCACUCCGUCGCCGUCGCCGUCGGGCCCGAGCUCCGCGUGUUCGAUCUCAAGGCUGGUUGUGCAGUUUCAUUGUCAGAUGACUGUGGCGGCGGUUCUCAUUCGGAUGCUAUUAGAGCUAUUUGCUUUAGUGUGAAUGGUGUUUUGUUUGCGUCUGGUGGUGAUGACAAGCUUGUGAAGGUGUGGAAGACUGAUUCGUGGCGUUGCAUCCGGACUCUAACUUCAGAGAAGAGGGUCAGCGCAGUUGCUAUUAGCAACGAUGAUCUGUAUGUUACUUUUUCUGAUAAAUUUGGCGUUGUUUGGUUAGUCACUAUGGGGGAUGAUGGUGGAGAGCAGGUUUCAGUUGAUAACAAACCUGUGUCAAUUCUUGGUCACUAUUGUAGUAUCAUCACUAGCAUGAAGUUUUCACCAGACGGACGGUUUAUUGCUACUGCUGAUAGGGACUUUAAAAUCCGAGUCACAUUAUUCCCAAAUAAUCCUCUAAAAGGGGCCCACGAAAUACAGAGCUUUUGCCUUGGACAUACAGACUUUGUCUCGUGCAUCGCCUUCGCACGCAUAUCAGAAAGUCAGAGCUUUCUUAUAUCAGGAGGCGGCGAUUCAACUGUUCGCCUAUGGGACUACAUAAAUGGAUAUCUCCUUGAUACAUGUCAAGUCAGAGACAAGGUGGGAGAAUUCAUAGAGACAAACGAAACUGAUGACAGCAAUCUAGCCAUUGCAGAUAUAUGUCUGAGUAAUGACGGCUCACUGGUCGCCGUAGCAAUUCAAAGUUUCAAUGGCGUAAUGCUUUUAACAUGUGAUCUAAUAGGAAAGAAGUUAUCUUUUCUAAAGGUGAUUACAAUGGAAAAGAGCUAUAUUCCCACUAGCUUAGCUUCCAGCUUAUCAGCAGAACUCCUGUGGACUGUCAUGGGCGCAUCAAACGUGCCUAACCAGGCUGCCUCCCAGUUAUUUACCCGUUUAAGGAUCAUUCCCCACUUCCAAAAUGAUCUAUUAUCGUCUUCUAAUAAUGGUCCUGUAAUCCUCGAAGACAGUGAAGUACCACACGGUGAGAAGCUUCUUUUGGCGCUGCAAGGGAGCCUUGACAUUGCAAAGCAAGAGGAAGUGUUAGCCUCAGUGCUGGCUUCGCUGAAAGUUUCGAUGCAUAAGAUGCUGGUGAAGAAGCACUACUCGGAAGAGAGAAGAGAGCAGAGGAAAAGAGGCAGAAACGAUAAGAAAAUCAAGAGCUAGCUCAACCUGUGGUUUCAACUUUCAACGAAACAAUAGAACAGGUCUUUGUUGCUGUGUUGUACCAUCACUAAUUUGAAACACAGGGAUUGUAUUAACAACUGUAAGAGUAAAUUUAUACUAAAUUAUUUGCUUAUGAUCCGUUAGCAUAACAACAAUUCAGCUGAUUACUUCAGUAAAAAUUGAUGCAGUUUUCGUGUCUCCU